UGCAUUUAAUGUUUUCAUUAGGAAACUGGCCCCAACCAAGUUGACGAGGGAAGCACAGGAGAGUGAGAGAGCCAGCGCAGGGCAGAGAGGCAGAGUUGUGGAGGAGAGAAAGAAGUAUUUUUGUUUUUAGUCUGGUCCUGAACUGGAGGACAUUUCGGCUAGCUGUUUGUGUCUUUUCUUUCAACAAACUCUUCACUCUUGGUCACCAGCCAGUCGCCAGGUUUCACCAUGACCUGCCUCUCCAUCUCUUCAGUUGGACUAAUCCUCCUUCUGAUUGGCUACGCUGCGGCAGGACCUGAGACUGACGUGCGGCCUCGAGCGGUGCGUUCAAGUGCCUGUCAAGAGCACAUGAACCUUCACAACCGUCUGGAUGUGGUGGAGAAGAAAGUGGAGGACACAGUUGAGAAGUUGGAGGUUGAGAUGGCUGAUCUUCUGGAUGCCAUUGAAGCCCCAAAGUGGCGCCCCCUGUUGGACAACGCAGGGAAAACAGCAGUGGAUAUCCUGGAAGACCCAGGGCAAAGGUCUUGAACUAACCAGACAUCAAUGGAGGAGGGACUCAAGGGCCCCUUUGAACUUGGACUUUGAAGGAUUAAUUCUGUUUAAAUGACCUAAAUGCAAGUAAAAAAAAUGUGUAUGCAUUUAAUGUAUCUGUCCAAAAUAAAAUAAAAAUAUUUUUACUCUUA